AUGAAGCCGCAAGUGGACCUUGCUUUGCGGCGCAUGGCUGUGAUGGGGGUCCCCAAGGCAUUCCUCCAAAUCAUCGUUUUGGCAUCCUUUCUGAGCGUACCCUUUUGGGAACAAGAUCUCAUGGAAGACCUCGACCUAGUUGAGUUCUUCAGUGGAAAGGCUCGGGUAAGCCGGUUGGCCUCCUGGAUGGGAUUAAGGGUGAGGUCAUACGACAUCAUCUACAAGCCAGUGACUGGGGAUCCAGGUUUACCACAUCAAGUUUUGGAUGCGGCAUUACUCUUCACCUUCGAUGAAGCCUACGAUGAUAGUCACAAACAGUUUGGCCCUGGGGGCUUUGGACAAGGGACCGGUCCGGGGUUUCAAGAAGCGUACUGCCAAAAGAACAACCAAAAGGUUGACAGCUUCUCAGAGCUGCGCCACAUUGUGCAGAACUCACCUCAGGGAGACGAUGCAGAAGCGGAGCUGGGAGAGGUUCUCCAGCAGCAGCUGGCAGACUUGGACGAAGCAAAGGCUUCUCCGGUGGUGCCAGACCUCAACACCGAAGUUGGUAAUCCUUUGGAGCUUAGGGUGCCUAGCGAACCUGUGGAAAAUCAAGGAGGUAAAAGUUCAACGGAUGUCCCCAAAGACACGAAUCCUGGGUCUCAGAGCAUCUUUGAUUGGGGAGAUCUAGAUGAAGCUGAGUUGCGAGAACAUCUUAGCUUCAGUUCUGAUGUGUCUCCAUCCAAAUUCAAUUCCAGUUUGUGA